GGAGGGAUUUCCAGAGCGGUCAUCGUCAACAUCAUCUUUGGCAUUACCAGCAUCACGUCCGUCACAACGGGAGGAGGAAGGAGUGGUGACUUGUUUUCUCAGAGCAACAGUUCAUCUGUCGGAGCGUCUUCACCAGUGUCUCAGUGAAACUACAUACCGACAACAAAGAUACAAUGGCAACUUUGGAUGGGUUUCCAGCCAGUUUCUAUGGUGAACCAGGAGUGUUAGGCAUUCUGUCCAAUGGGAUCAGUGCAUUCCUUGUGCUUCUACAGAACUUCAAUACCGCACGCACUGGUAUUGCACCAGUGGGCGUGGAGAACAUACUUGCAGGUGUUCAUCUCAUCCUGAUCGGUGGCAUAUGCCAACUGGUGGCUGGACUGCUUUCCUUUAGAAAAUAUGAUCACCUGAGUGGCACUGCCUUCAUCGGCUAUGCGGCUCUGUGGGGCAGUUUUGGUGCCACCCGAAUCUACUUCGGUGCCUUAACUGAAACUCCUAUCACAGUGUUUAUGCCACAUCAGAUGGUGAACAAUUUGUCCCUGUCCACAAACAUGACCAGCAACAUAUCUUCGAAUGCCACCGCAGAGAUCUCAAUUAGCCAUUUAUUCCUGUCCUUGAAAGAGUCUGCGAUCGCUGGUCUGGUCCCCUAUAUCUUCCUCUCCUUUCUGCUCGCCUUCUGCUCUGCCACGGUCAACUACAUCAUGCCGUUUGUCUUUGGGGCCAUCACAGCCACCUUAAUUUUUGAAGCAGUGGGUCUGGUAGCUAGCUCCUGGGCUCUCGUGGUCUCUGGAGUUCUUGAGUUGCUCAUUCUGCUUUUUGCCGUCUAUGGUUCAGCUGCGUUGCUCACCAAAGGUCUGACUCAGCGUCUAAUCCUCAAAGGCUUCGGUACCCCACUCUUUAAUGUGCUCCUGCUAGGGACCCCCAACUCAGGUAGCGCCCAGAGCAUUGGCCAAGAGAAGAAGAAAAACACAAAGUACGCAGAGCCCAUGGCCUUAGGUUUCUUCUCUGACACCAUUGCUGCCUUCAUCUUUGCGUUCUACAGUUUUGGGUACAUGAAGUCCUUUGGGUUGGGAGCUGCAUGGGUCUCCAUCAUUGCGGCUGCCCAGCUGUUCUCCAGCUACUACGCCCAUCUGCGCCAAGAUUGCUACCACACCACUAAGUUUGGCCUUCAUGCCACGUAUUGGCUCAUCAAGGCUUGGGAUGAGUUUGUGCUAUCUGUUCUGCUCGUGGAGGACAGUGAAUUGGUCUCAGGCAGGAAAGCAAUGGUGGGAGAUUGGUUCUUUGUGACCGCCGGCUUGGUGCUCUGUGUCGGAAGCCUGAACACAGAUGUCCUGGAACUGAUCCACAACAUGCUGUUUGUUCUGCUCACAGUCUCAACAGUCCCCCAGAUCCCUCUCCAGGGAUACUACAUCUUCUUUGGUGUAGCUUGCUCCCUGUUCACUGCAGCCUCUCUGUAUGGUACCUUCUCACGUCUUAUCAACACCAUAGCAGAGAAGUCUCUAAUCCAUGUGGGACCGCAGCCCGUCUCUACAGAGCACUUGAGGAAGGUUUUGAGCUGCAGCAGGGCCAAGCAACGAGACCAGAAUGCUCUGCCCCAAACUGACCAAGCUUCAGACGCCCUGUUCUACCUUACAAAUGGGGUUGCGGCUCUCUCAGCUCUCCAUGCAAGAUUAUUCAGUUUGAAUCCUGCCUUCCUUCAUCUGACUGUCCCUUGGGUCCUCAUCUCUGGAGCCAUCAUCCAGGCCUAUGUCAGCCGGCUGCAAGUCACAGGAGGAGGCCGGUUUGGGUCAGUCAUCUCAUCCAUCUAUGUAGCAGUAUGGGCAACCUGGACCUGGUUUAGGUUUGCAGGGAACCUGCUUCAGAUUUCUACCGAGGCAGCCUAUGCUUUCACUGCAGGGGCCAUUGCUCUCCUGGUCAUUAAUGCGUUCCUUAUGUUGAUCGCUGCGUACAGGAACCUGGUUCUGCUAUUUCUAACAGUGGUCAUGGAGGUUGUUCUGGUUUGCUUCCUGCUUUCCACUCUGCAGCGACUGCCGUAUGAACUAGAGAUGGCCAUGCUUGCACUACUGUCUAUAAUUUGCAUAUAUGGAGCUCUUGCAUCACUGGUGAACUGCAUCUUCUCACAGAGACUCCUGCCUAUGGGCCCUCCUAUAAUAAAGGAGAAAGUGAAACAGGAUUCUGCUCCAGAGCCACCUUGUCCUGCAGUUGAUUCACGACUCACCAGUAGUCUCCUGAAGAUUGCUCGCCUUCUGGACGAAGGGACAGUGUGUGGUAUUCCCACAGACACUGUGUAUGCCCUGGCUGCCUCCUGCAAGAAUCCUCAAGCUAUAGAGAAAAUCUACAAUAUUAAAGACAGACCAGCAGAGAAGCCUGUCUGUAUUUGCAUCUCCAGUGUGGAGCAGCUGGUGGCAGCAAAGCCUCCCUUUAGUCCUCUGCUCUGGGAGUUCAUGAGGAAUGUGUAUCCAGGAGGCAUCAGCUGCAUCGUCCGCAAAGGAGACUGGCUCCUCAAUCUAGGAGUGGGUCCAGCUUACGACCGUGUUGGUACCACGGACAGCAUCAUGAUCCGCGUCCCUGACCAUACAGUGACCGGCCACCUGUGUAAUAUCACUGGACCCCUCGCCAUUACCUCAGCCAAUCCCAGCGGCGAGCCAGACAGCACCCACCACAGCAUGGUCAUCAAUCGACUGGGACACAAGAUCCAAGGUGUUCUGUGUGAUGGGAACUCAAAUGAAGUUGUUGCUUCCACCGUGGUCAACUGCCUGAAGAUUGAUGAAGGAACCAUCACCAUUGUGAGGGAAGGCUGUGUCCCUGCAGUAAAGGUCCAACAGAUCUUUGACAGAGUGAAAAGCACCAUGGUGUGAUUGUCUCGUACCUCGUUUCUGCAGAGAGCCUCUUCGGGCACAGUUCCCUAAAAGAUUGGCCUCCUCUGCUCUCUCAAUGAGCUCAGGGACACUUUAUGAACAAGAUGAGAAAAACAGAAUGAAAGCUAGUGAAUUAGUGUUUGUCAGUGUGUAUAACUGUGGAGGUUUUGGCAAAUGUUACAGCAGAAUAACAAAAACAAAACCUUUUGGAUUUAUGUGUAGUUAUAUGAAGAUCCAAAUAUCUUUAUGAAAUGACUUGUACAUAGUAAAUGAUUGUAUCAAUAUGUAUCUAUUCAUUUAAAUUAUACUGUGUAUUAACAUUUAUUUUAGCCUUUAUGCUCAUUUUAAGGUGGAACACAAAACAAGUCCUCUGUUACUGUAUGUAUUUAAACAAUCUUGUGCUGAAUAAAUCUGUGAAAAGAAACAAUGAA